AUGGACCAUGAAGAUCAGAUUGAACAUGUCCUUGAGGGACUCCCUGAUGACUACAAAAUCAUUGUUGAUCAGCUUGAAGGCCGUGAUGUCACUCCCUCACUCGUUGAGGUCCAUGAGAAGCUCAUAAACCAUGAAGCGAAACUUCAAGCGCCGUCUGUGACUGCCUCCUCUGCUCCGAUCUCAGCCAAUGUUGCCACCUACAAAGGUCAAGGUCAUCAGAAAAACAACUACCAAGGUCAGCCAAGGUUUAACAAUCGCAACAAUCAAACAUGGCAACAACAACAGUUUCAACCACGACAACAUCAGAACUCACCAAGACCUUACCACAAUCAGGAGUCGUAUGCACCACGAGGCUACCAAGGCCGCUGUCAGAUCUAUGGCGUUCAUGGCCACAACGCUCGUACCUGCUCCCAACUUCCAUAUGGUGCUUCCUCCAAUCUCUCAGCUCAUCCUCCACCUCCGUGGCAACCCAUAGCCAACCUGGCUGCAACAGCUCCUGCAAAUAACUGGCUCCUUGACACUGGCGCCUCGCACCAUCUCACCAGCGACUUAAACAACCUGUCUCUGCAUCAACUCUAUAACGGUGGUGAAGAGGUCACGAUUGCCGAUGGCUCUCGCCUUCCCAUCUCGCAUACUGGUUCAACUUUCUUACCCACCCACUCUCAUUUCCUAACCCUUAAUGAUGUUCUCUAUGUUCCCAACCUUUACAAAAAUCUUAUAUCCGUUUAUCGCCUGUGUAAUGCUAACCAAGUGUCAGUGGCAUUCUUUCCUGCCCAUUUUCAGGUGAAGGAUCUGAAAAUGGGGGUCAGGUUGCUCCAAGGCCGAACUAAGGACGAGCUAUAUGAGUGGCCGAUGUCUAACAAGAACACCAUCUCUAUGUUUUCCUCUCCCACUCCAAAAACCUCACUUCCCUAUUGGCAUUCUAGACUUGGCCACCCUUCUCUCUCUAUUCUAAAAACUAUUGUCUCUCAGUUUUCUUUACCUUUUAAUGAUGCUUCCAAUAAAAAUUCCGACUGUUCUCACUGUCUCAUUAAUAAAAGCCAUAAACUUCCUUUUUAUACAAAUACAAUCACUUCCACAAAACCUUUGCAAUACCUGUAUUCUGAUGUCUGGUCGUCGCCCAUUGUCUCCGUUGAUAAUUUCAAGUAUUAUCUCAUCUUGGUGGAUCACUACACCCGCUACUCGUGGCUCUAUCCACUCAAACGCAAAUCGGAUGUCCGUAACACGUUCAUCGCUUUCAAAUCCUUGGUCGAAAAUCGCUUCCAGCACAAGAUACAAACUCUCUACUCCGACAAUGGUGGUGAGUUUGUUGCUCUCCGUUCCUUCCUCACCACUCAUGGCAUCUCCCACUUGACGUCUCCACCCCAUACGCCAGAACACAAUGGUGUUGUGGAGCGAAAGCAUCGCCACAUUGAUGAAACCAGACUCACCCUACUCCAUCAGGCGUCAAUGCCGAAAAGCUACUGGACCUAUGCCUUCUCUGCCGCGGUCUACCUCAUCAACCGCCUCCCGGCUUCUCUUCUUCAAAAUGACUCCCCAUAUCUCAAGCUUUUUCAUCAGAAGCCUAAUUACCUGAAGCUUCGAGUCUUUGGAAGCCUGUGUUUUCCGUGGUUGCGUCCGUACACCAAUCACAAACUUGAUGAUAGAUCUGCGGCGUGUGUCUUCUUGGGAUAUUCACUGACACAAAGUGCGUAUCUCUGCCUCAACAGAAGCUCCGGACGCAUCUACACCUCUCGCCAUGUUCGAUUCGUUGAAUCGGAGUUUCCUUUUGCCGUGUCUCCACCAUCGACAUCGACAUCGACAUCAUACACUACCUCCUCUUCCAUUCCCUCUUCUGCCCCUCACUCCAUUGUUCCGGUUCAGACUACUCCACUCAUAUCAGCUCCCCUUCCGGCAACCCCCGUUCCGGAUCCUCACCACUCGACGUCACCGCCACCGGAAUCAAACGAUAGUGAGAUUUCGUUGCCGGAGAUGACGAAUCGGAUUUCAGAUGCUCCGCCUCAGGUAGUAUCUAACUCGAACUUGGGUAUUGCAGGGAAUUCCACAGGCCCAUCCACCUCAAACCCGAAUCCAGGCCCAUCCACAAAUAGAAACCUUAACCUAAGCCCAUCUACAUCCAGAAGCCCAUCACCUGAUCCAAAGCCAACACCUUCACCGAACCCAACUCCAUCACCUGAUCCAAAUCCUUCCCCCAUUGUCUCACCAUCUCCGUCGUCUUCUUCUUCUGACGAUGAACCACCGCCUCAGCCACAAAAUCGCCACCCGAUGCAAACCCGCCGGAAAAACAACAUCACCAAACCAAACACCAAAUUUUCCCUCACCGCUAUAAAACACAAACCGUAUAUUCCCACAACCGUUAACCAGGCUUUACGAGAUGAGAAUUGGCGCUUUGCCAUGGGUGACGAAAUCAAUGCCCAAAUACGGAACCGAUCCUUCAGCUUAGUUCCACCACAACCGGGCCAGAAUGUGAUUGCUACAAAGUGGAUUUAUACCUUAAAAUAUUUCCCUGAUGGUACUUUUGACAGGCACAAAGCUCGUUGGGUUGCUCGUGGGUUCACACAACAGUACGGGAUUGACUACGCCGAGACUUUUAGCCCGGUGGUGAAGUCGAUUACGAUUCGCGUGGUACUGCAACUUGCUGUGUCUUCUGGCUGGGUCAUCAAACAGCUGGACGUCAACAAUGCUUUCCUUCAUGGAACGUUAACGGAGGAAGUUUAUGUCACUCAACCUGAGGGAUUCGUUGAUAAGGACCGUCCACAUUAUGUAUGUCGCUUACACAAGGCACUCUACGGACUCAAACAAGCACCGCGGGCUUGGUAUCAAGAGUUAAAGGGGUUCCUUCUCACACUGGGUUUUACAAACUCUGUCGCCGAUACCUCUGUUUUUGCGUACAUUAAAGGUACUGAUCUUGUUUACACCUUGGUCUAUGUCGACGAUAUUUUUAUCACUGGGAGCAACACUACUCUUAUCCAUCGGUUCAUUCAAGAACUCGGUAAUCAAUUCUCAUUGAAGGAUCCUACGGAUUUGAAUUACUUCCUCGGAAUAGAAGCCACUCGAACAUCAAAGGGACUCCAUCUGAUGCAGCGAAAAUACAUCUUGGAUCUCCUUGCCAAGACGAAUAUGGUUGAUGCAAAGCCGGUUCUCACGCCUCUCGCUGCUUUGCCACGCCUCUGCAUCCACGAUGGCUCUCCCAAACUUGAGAAGCCCUCUGAAUAUCGCAUGAUUGUUGGCAGUCUACAAUACUUGUCAUUCACCCGACCGGACAUUGCCUUUGCCAUCAGUCGCCUGUCACAAUUUAUGCAUUCUCCCUCUAAGACACAUUGGCAAGCUGCCAAACGUGUCUUGCGUUACUUGGCUGGUACAGCGUCUCACGGUAUCUAUCUUAGUGCCGACACACCCCUUAAUCUCCAUGCCUAUUCCGAUGCUGACUGGGGAGGUGACACCGAUGACUACAUCUCCACCAAUGCUCAUAUCUUGUAUCUCGGUAAGACACCAAUAGCCUGGGCUUCUAAGAAGCAGAAAGGGGUCUCUCGUUCCUCCACUGAGUCAGAAUAUCGAGCCGUGGCAAACACGGCAUCUGAAAUCCGUUGCGUAUGCUCUCUCCUCACUGAACUCGGGGUCACUCGCACUCACCCUCCUGUUAUUUAUUGUGACAAUGUUGGUGCUACCUACUUAUGCGCCAAUCCAGUCUUUCACAGUCGCAUGAAACAUCUCGCACUUGACUACCAUUUCAUCCGAGAACUCGUUUAA